AAAACGCUGAAGAAAAAUGCUAGGCAAAAGCGUCGCGUCGUUUACUAAACCUAGAUACUAACUAAGUUAGGACUAGAUCGAGAUUUGUGGUGCUUAAGAUCUAUUUCUACUAUUGUUGAUCUUUACAAAUUACAUAAGCUAUGUCGACAAAUACAGAUCCACCUGCUACACCCACUGAUGAUGUUAUCGGUACUGGUAUACCUAAACAGACAACAGCAGCAACUACUGGCGCUGCUCAGUCACAAUCGACGGAAAUAUCUCAUAAAACGAACAAUUUGCAAAGAAUAGCUCAGAAAAAAAUGCUUGUUAGAAGUUUUCCUCGGAACAAAAAACUUGAAAAAUUGGCAGUAUAUUCUACAUGCAAGUCAGAAGGCUGUAAAUGUAAUGGAUGGAAAAAUCCUAACCCACCGACUCAGCCAGGAGCUACUGAUCCCAUACCUCCUGUUGUCAGUUUAACAGACCCUUGCAAAAGCUGCAGACACUCCCUGGGGGCUCAUGUCUCACAUUUAGAUAAUACAGAUGAAGAAGAGUUGAACAGACUUUUACGAAUUGUCGUAGAUGUUGAAAACUUGUUUGUCUGUGUCCACCGGGAGGAAGAUGCUGAGGCAAAACAAGUUUACUUUUAUUUAUUCAAGUUGCUGAGAAAAUGUAUUUCAAACAUGAGUACACCUUCCAUUGAAGGAUCACUAGGAACACCGCCAUUUGAAAAACCAAGCAUUGCAAAAGGUGUCACCAACUUUGUGGCCUACAAGUUCGGAACACUGGCUCAGAAAGAAUGGCAGACUAUGUAUGACCUGGCUAAAAUGUUUCUGCACUGUCUCAACCAUUGGAAGUUAUGGCCACCAGCCAGCAGGGGCCAGCAAGUUGAUGAAAAAGAUGAGAAUGAUUACAAGCUAAAUUACACUAGGUGGCUUUGUUUUUGUCAUGUUCCAGUUUUUUGUGACAGUCUCCCACGCUUUGACACAACACUCAUAUUUGGUCGCACACUUCUUCGUUCAGUCUUUCAAACUAUGAGGAGACAACUACUAGAUAAGUUCAGGGCAGAAAAAGAUAAAAUGCCACCAGACAAGAAAACUUUGGUUCUAACUCAUUUUCCCAGGUUCCUGACAAUGUUAGAACAAGAGGUCUAUGGAAGCAGUUCACCAAUCUGGGAUCCUGAGUUUGUACAGAAUUCCUCCAACAUGCCUUCUUUAGCAUCAACAGUUAGUCCAAGUGGAGCUGCUGGUGUCAGUGGCCUGAGUCGUUUCACAUCUACCACAGUGGGGACUGAUGCUUACGGAGCACUGAACAUUAGUCCUGGCCUGUUAAGCAGCGGACGUCGUUCAUCUAGGUCACAGGAAGCAGCUGAGAAAAGAAAAGCGGAUGAAGCUGGUCUCAGUGAUGGAGCCAAGAGACCAAGAAUUGAUGGAGAUAUUCCUAAAGAGUUACUGGAAGAAGUGGUUGCGGACAUGACCACUGAAGCUGAAGGUGAUGGCACUAUGCUUGGACCAGAGACUCUGUGUCCAACCAAUGCUGCUAGAGACGAACAAGCCAGACAGGAAGAGAAAGAUGGAAAGAUUGAUUUCCACAUUAUCAACAACUCUCUGAGUCACCGUCCAACCAACCAAGUUUUUAUUUGGCUCAUUGAAGUUCAAAAUCUCUUCUCUCACCAAUUACCCAGAAUGCCUAAGGAAUAUAUUACACGCCUUGUAUUUGACCCGAAACAUAAAUGUCUUGUGCUAGUGAAACACAAUCAUGUGAUUGGAGGCAUUUGUUUUAGGAUGUUUCCCACCCAAUGUUUCACAGAGAUUGUCUUUUGUGCUGUGACAUCCAGUGAACAAGUGAAGGGCUAUGGUACGACCUUGAUGAACCAUCUAAAAGACUACCACUUGAUUCAUAAUAUAACUCACUUUCUGACCUUUGCUGAUGAGUUUGCUACAGGUUACUUUAAGAAACAGGGUUUCUCAAAGGAUAUCAAGCUACCUCGCGCACAGUAUCUGGGUUAUAUAAAAGACUAUGAAGGCGCUACAUUAAUGGGUUGUGAGUUGUGUCCUAGAAUCAACUACACAGACUUCUCCAGGGUCAUAAGGAAACAGAAGGAGAUCAUUAAAAGAUUGGCUGCAAGGAAAAGUUUAGAAACAGAAAAAGUCUACAGUGGUAUCACACUGUUUAAAGAAGGUGUCAAGCUACCAAUCCCAUUGGAAUCAAUACCUGGCCUGAUAGAGUCUGGCUGGAAGCCACCCAUCAAGAAAGAAAAAGAAAACCAGAUAGAUCCAGAUCAACUCUACAAUCAGCUCAGAACCAUCUUGCAACAAGUUAAAAGUCAUGCCAGUGCAUGGCCAUUUCUCAAACCAGUGGACAAAUCUGAGGCUCCAGAUUACUAUGAUCAUAUCAGGUUUCCCAUGGAUCUGCGCACGAUGGGUGAGAGACUCAAGAACAAAUACUACGUACACAAAAGCCUGUUUGUAGCAGACAUGAACCGCAUAGUGACCAACUGCAGAUCUUACAAUGAGCCAGACACAGAGUAUUACAAAUGUGCCAAUACCAUAGAGAAAUACUACAUCACCAAAAUGAAAGAGGCAGGACUUAUGGACAAGUGAAAUGCUACAAGAUAUAGGCAAUGAGGUUAAUACAUUACUGUGAAAAUUACAUUGUAUUGUUUUAUUUGUAAUGUUUCACAGCUAUAAGUCUUGAAGUAAAUGGUCCAUACCAUGGCUAAUGAUAAGGUCAUAGAGGGCAUCUGUUGAUCUAUGUGGGAGACCACCUACAUGUAGGAGGUCACAGAUACAAUUGAUAUUGUUUUUUUUCAUUUGAAAAAAGAUUGGACCCAUUGUCAUAGAUCACCUUCAGUGAAGUUUUGCCAGUUAAACACUUGGCACUUUGGUGUUACUAUUACACAUUGUGCUAUGAUUUAUUGUAAUGCAUUAUGUCUAAUUCCAAAAUUAAAGGUUUAAUAAAUAAAAAAAAAAAAUAACUAUAUUGUAGUAUUUAUGUCAUUGCAGUUUUUCUAAUUGCUGUUGACAAUGUUAAAAUAGGUUUGUUUAUAAAUUUCGAACUAAAAUUCCUUGUGUACAUAUAAGAUGCCUUACAAAAUAUUAUUUUUGUGAGAACUAGGUAACUUGAAAUGGAACCAGUAAGUAAAGGGAAGUAGCGCUAUUCUGUAUAUUUGAUCUUUUGUCGUGAAUGAAAUUAUAUCUCCGUUCAUUCAAACUGUUGAAUGUACAGUAGAUCUUCAACCAAUUGACUUUUCCUGGUGUUUUCUUUCCCCCUGUCUGCUGCAUUUUGCCACAUUUAGAUUGAGAGACUUUAAUGAAAGCCAGAGACUUGAAAUUGUAUUCUUUCCACAUCCAAGUAAUAUGUACAAUGAUUGUGUGUUGUUGUUGUUUUUUUUUAAGAAGUUCAUUUGAUUUAUUUCCUGGUAAAAAGAAAACUUUGAAUUUUUCUGUGCACUGUAUCUCUUUUUCACCCACUCAUUAUAAGCAAGCAGUCUUGUGUGGCAUUCAAUAAAUCUUUAUCAUGCUGAUAUUAAUCCAUUUCUAUCUUCACAUUGUUUAUGUGUGCAGGCCUAGUCCUGGUUGGUGCAUCUAAUGAGGGACAACAUAGCACUGGCAAAUCCAGGGAGGGAGAGUAGAAAUUACAAUUAUGUUUACUUAGCUCACUAAUAUAUACUAUCACUUAUUUGUGAUUAACAUUUUCUUAAUGCCCUAAUAUCCACACAUUCACCAACCGAUCUAAAAUUUAGUGUGUGGAGCAGGUCUACAACAUUUUAAAUGUUAACAGGAGGGUGAGUGACAGCUGUCUAAAUAGUAACACUUAAACAGACUGCAGAGAAUGUCUGUGGCUUAAGAAACCAUAAAGCAAAACAAAUAAUGCAUUAUUUUCUACCUAAAAAUGACAAAAACAUGCUUUAUUUUUGGUUUGGGGGGGGGGGGUGAGUUAGUGAUCUCAAAUAUACUUGAUAUUUGUCAUUUUUGUAUUCCCAAAAUUGUGGUAGGUUAGAUGUGAUCACCCCUUUGCCCUUACCUCUCUACAUAUUUAUUAGUGUCUUUUGUACUCAACUACUUCAUGGUUUCUAUAAUUAUGACUUGAGUGACUAGUUCUAAUAUUUUCUCAAACACACUCAUAUAUGUGUACAUUUUAUUUUUAAAUGCUAUAACAUUUUUAUGAACUUGUUGCAAGCCAACACAAAAUCUUUAUUCGUUAAAGCCAUAGCCUUAGGUAUUAGUUCUUUAUUGAAACAAUACUAAUUGUCAUAGUCAAAUUGAAGAAAAAAAAUAAUAUAAUGGGCGUUACACAUAUAUAAAAAUGAUUAAAUUCAGUCUAAAUAUAUUAAAAAGAUUUACAUCAAUGUACACAAUGUCUUCUCUGCAAAAUAAAGAUUCUUUUCUUCAAUUUUCUUUAACCAAAAACAGCGAUGCUAUGAUGAAUAUCUAUAUGGAUGUCAUGAUAAGUCUUCAUCAGUAUCAGCUUGUCUGUCUCAUUUGUGAGCACAUCAGGAUGUUCAAAUAAAAUGUUGGACAUGACCUUUCCCUUGUUGCCCUUGAGACUGCUGGUCAAAUGCCAAAAAGAAGUAGGAAACUAUAAGCAGUAUCUAAAAUAUACACAGAGAUGAUAGUUGCACAAAUUGAAAGCUUGGAUUGCUGUUUUCCGUAUCAUGUGUGAGCUCUGUGUUGACCAAUAGUGUCAUUGUUCAAUGAGAAUGGUGUUUUGCUUUCUUUAUGUCUAACUUCUGUUUUUACAAGUACUAAAAAAAAAAAGUUCUGUUAGCACUAAAUAACUCAGACACUUGCAGAAACUUGGUGUCUUGUCGAAUCUUAAGUCAGAUAUCAGACUUUCUAGCAUGGGGAUAAAAACUGCUGCCAUGGGGCAUUCCUCUUUUGAACACAUGUCAAUAUUUACAUUGUCUACUGGCCUGUCUAGGAAUCUUAACCCUUUGAACCCUCAAUUCCCUGCGCUUACUUUCCUUUUCCCCUGGGCUCCUGAUAAGUGUAAUUUUUCACUUAAACAUGCACAAAAACAAACUACUGUAUUGAAAAUUUAAAGUGAACUAUUUUAUUUUGAGAGAAAUAUUUUAGUCUCUUUAUCUCCAAAAUUCCUUUCUUGGUAUGCCAGUCUUCCCAGCAUGUCUAUCCCUUCUUUAAACACAAGUACAGUUUGGCAAAGUUUACACCAGAAUUUAGUUUUACUUUUCUUGACGUGAUUGUUUUAUAAGAAUGUAUGCAUCUUGCUAGGCCACAAAUAAAAGUUUAGUUAGUCGCCGAGGACAUGUUUUGUUGAGACCACAAAGCUGAUCAUUAACAUCACAACCACCCAUGUAUUUGAUGUAGUCAGUGCAGAGCUGAAGUAUUAGCACAUCCACAGUUGCUCCAUCCUUAUUUCUUCUUUUCAGGGUGAUGGAUUGUGGUAUGAAGAAAUAGCUCUUUAAGUCCAUCCAAACAAGGCAUGCCACAUUGCCAUGACAGAUGAAUUCAGAUUGACCUCUCUGCAUUUUCUUUAUCUUUGACAGUUCUUAAGUGUAGAAUUUUCUGUUUGUCAUUGCAGUUCCAACUGCAAAUGUACCUUAAGCAUUGAAUAAAGUGUCCAUGUAUAAAACAGGUGGCCUGUUGAUAAGUCUUACAACAAUGCAGCCAAUAACACCUAGCUUUGGAAUGAUCUGUUUUGCUUGUGUUAAUUUCUAAGUUGAUUAUAUAGCCUGUGUUUGCUUCACAAGUUAUAUAAGCUUUGAAUCCCCAUUUGACGAGUUUUGAUUUUAUGUACUGCUUUAUAGCAAGUCUGCCUUUGCAAGAAAUUUCUUCCUCCAAGCUGAGACAUUGGGACGGUGAAUAAAAGUGUUGACAUUUGUUAAGCUUCAUGUCCAGCAUUGGUCUUACUUUGUAGGUUUUGUCUGUUAGAUCUACAUUGGGGUUCAGCUCAUCAAUAAAAUGAUGUGUCCAUAUAGACAAAAAGUGAACUCUCUGCAUGACACUGCAAUAACCAAGUGUUUUAGUCACAAAUGAUUUGCUCAAACUAGCCUAGUGGUCCUCAUAUUGCUCCAUUGGGAGUUCUGGUACAGUUAGUGUGAUAAAAUCCUUAGCAUAAUAACUGUAUUGCUUUUGUUGUUUCACUGAAGAAUUCUGUCUGUCAGUGUGUCAUUUAUGUUUACCAUAAGUUGAAUAGUUCUGUGUGAUGUUUUUUCCUUUGUAUUCAGCUAUUACAGACUGUUGAUGAGACUGAUAUAUGGGGCGGGCAGAGCAUGGAUUUUUUUACAUGCAGGCCUAUAAUUUUGGGUAGCGGCAUCAAUACGUUUAAAGCUCAGCUCCUAAUCUUGUCUGUCUAGGAAUCUUAAAGCUCAACUUCUAAUUUGAUUGCUGCUUCAAUAGCUUUAGCAAAGACUGGAUAAAACUCAUCAGCAUUUUUUUAAUUGGAAGAUUUUCUACUCUUCAUUUGUUAUGUUCACCAGCUUGCAUUCAAUCCAAAGUUUCUAUCAAGUUUUACUUAGAGACUGUUGUACAAAAAAAAGGUCUUAAUUAUUGAAUCUAAAAUAAUUGUAAAUUCUGAGUCUAUUAAAGCUGUUGCUAAAGUCUUUUCCUUUAAGAUGCUGGGUCUCAGUUUUGCCAUUUAGUAAUAUUUUCCAAAACAUAUACAAUACUUUCAAAUGAUGUCUUAACUCUUUGAGUGAGAAUUUUUUUCAUUGAAAAAAUGGAGUUUUUUCAGGAAGAACCAAAAUGGGAGAGAGGGUGGCACUACAAAAACUACUAUAACUUUUUUAUUUCUUAAAAUAUAUUAAUAUAUUUGGUAUCAAUUUAAAGGGAAAUGAAUGUGUAAAACGUUGAUGUACCGGUAUGAGAUAAAUAAAAUAUCAGUAAAAUAAUUUUUUUUAUAUCAGUUUGAAGUGUGUCAAAAAAUAUUUUUUUUUGAAAAAAUGAAGUAAAAAUCCAACUUAGUGAAAUAAGACACAUUUCCGUACGGACAAUAAAGAUUAUUAUUAUUAUUAUUAUACAUAUUUACAGUUUUUUUCAUCAUCAUUUUAAAUAUGAAUUUGUGUAUGCCAUUUCUUAAAAUAAUCUUUUGGAUGCAGGUGAGGUCUAUCAGGACAAUCACUACAAAUGAAAUGAGUGCGCGCUGGUUUUUUUGGUGUGCUGCACACUUUACACCGGUUUUCUUUAUCAGAAUAGUCAAUUAUAUGCCUGCCUGCAUCUAGCCUGGGGAUAGGAUUUUUCAUAGGUCUUCCUACUACUGGCUUUCUUCUGUCUUUCUCUUCUGGGGGCAUCACAGCAGCUGCUUCCAUACAUAGCGCAUGGACAAGUUGAAUUUUAAAUUUUUUCAAACUGAUCAUUUCUCUUUUUUCUCCAUUUUUGCACAUCAAAUAGAGAACAUGGUCAUUUGAAAUUGUUAUUUCAACUAUCCAGUGAAACAAUUUUUUCCACAUCUUUAUACUUUUUCUGUUCUGUAGCCCGUAGUAGCCAAUUUUCUGAUCGACCAGGUCGCAUCCAUACAUGUACUUGUACGUAUCCACAACAGCAGGCUUCACUUUAUUCUUUAUUUCCCUGUUUUCAGCUUUUGCCAUGGUAGACACAAUAGCUACAGGCUUUUUAGCCUUUUUGUCUUGCCAGCUUACUACCAGUAGUUUUUCUUCAGCUGUCGCCCAAUAUCUAGACUCCUUGUGCCUCAUGGUUAGUUUUUUUUAAUUUCCUCAGGAAAGCCUUUGCGGGUGGUCUGUACUGUUCCAGUAUAAUAUUGCUCUUCUGACAAGAGAUAGUCCACUAGUUUUCUGGUCGUGUAAAAGCGAUCAGCAAAUACAUGGUAACCUCUGCCAAUGACACCAAGCAAAGUCCUAAACAAUAUCUGUACUGCCUGCCCUCCGUCCUUGUCACUGUUUGGGUCAAAUGAGGUGUUUUUCCCAUAAUAUGUCAGAAGAUUGAGAACAUAUCCUGUACAGCUGUCAACAAGCCCAAAGCUUUUGAUGUGAUAUUUAUAAGGCUUUGAAGGAUUAAAUUGCUUGUACUGCCAUCUGCCUUUGAAGCCCUCAAUCAUUUCGUUGAUGGCCACAUUUUGGAAAGGUGUGUAAACGGUGUUGUAAUUAUCAAUCAAGAGAUUGAUGAAAGGCUCUAUCUUGUUUUUACCUUCAGCAUCUGGUUCCCCGCAAUGUAACAUUGAACAAAAUAAGGACAAGAACCUGUCCCUCUCAAACAUUUAUGAGUAAAUCGGAGUAUAAAAAAUAUCAUCGGUUGAGAAGUAAUCCUAGAUGCUUGGUUUUUUGUUCAAGUCCAUAGCUAUGGAUUUAAAAAUUUAAUCAUCUCAUACUUUGUUACAGGUUUCCAGUUGUGAAAUCUUGACCUUCUCCUCAAUGGGAUGUUUUGCUUCACUAUUUUUUAGAGCAUAGGCAUUGAUGUACUCUAUGACAAUAUCCAUGAUGGUACAUGUGAAGAGGGAAGAGAAGCAAUCCAGAAUAGAAGAUGACUGGGAUAAAUAAUUUUCAUGUAUCCCAGGCUCAUUCUUGUUGCAAAACUAAACUGGUUUUUGGUUUUAAAACCAUCUCCUAGCAUUAUCCAGUCAGAGAUAAAUCUAUUUAUAAUAACAUUAUGAUUAUCAUUUAGUUUUCUUUUUUUGCUUUUGCUACCAGCUACUGGGAAACAUGAUAACAAAGAAGUGGGCGUUGCCCCAGCUGUUUCUUCUUCAGCGUCACUGCUUUCACUAGAUCUAGGUCUAAUGCCAUUCUCGUAGUCACUGUCUGAUUAAUACGCAUCAUCACUGUCAUCUGAGGAAAAGUUAUUAAACAUUUCUAAAGCUUGCUGAGCAGUGAUUCGCCUAGAUCUAGAAUUAGUCUCAGGUCUAGAAAGUCCACUACAUUCACCUAAAUCCAUUUUAGAAUCCACUCAAAACGAAAAACACAGUGUCACUAAAACAAAGAUUUGAAAAUAAAACGUGUUCGUAUGUCGUUUAAUCAACUAUAAAAGGAAAGAACAAUCACUCUGUCAACCGUAAAGAAAUACAGAAAUUAAAAAAACGAACUUUAAAAUAAAGAAAAAUCAUGAAACAAACACUAUACCAAGUUACUCAGGGAGAGUAACGCCGCACUCUACAGCGCUAGGGAAGUUACUCCUAGAGAGUAACCCCGCACUGAAAGUGUUAAAGCAAAUAACAGAAUUGUAGCUUUUAACCCAUUGUAUCUAACAAUUGGCAAAUUCACUUUUGACUUAUCUCAUUCCUUGUAAGAAUCUUCUAUUUGCUGAGGUUCUUGGCAUAAACAUGCACUCUAAACUAACUGAAUAUCAAAAGCUUUAAACUCAAAUUCAAGCCAGAUUGGCAUAGAUGUAAUGGUUACAUGAUGUUGCUUCCUUUGAUAUUUCUGCUUGGCAUAGAUGAAAUGAUUUCAAGAUAUUGCUUCCAUUGAUAAAGCUGCAGCAGCACCACAAUAUUGGGAUGACAUUACCGAACAUUCAUUAAUUCCACAACCAAUUAAAAAUUUUAAAUCCAAAGACUCUUAAUAUGAGGGUCGUGGGUUCGAGACCCAUGUUACAGCACUAGACUCUUAUGUUUGUAUUUUUUUAAAAGAAUUUAUUAAUUACAAAAACUGCCUUGAACUUUCUCAUUUAUGUUAAUUAGUACAUAGCAUCCCAUAAUACACCCACUUCUCUUUUUACCUUCUUUUAUCCAACAUGCAUUCCCAUCAUUCCACACUUACACCAUGCUGCAUACUAACUGUAACAAAAUGUCUGCAAAAUGUGUAGGUUAUUUGGUUCUAUAUCAAUAUGUGAUUUCUUGUAUGCACACUCUAAGGCAUCUACAAAUGUUAUGAAAUCUUUGCAAUGCAAAUCUCUUUUGGAGGCACAAUGACAGUUCCUGAAUAUCAGAAAUGUCUGUUUUCAUCAAGCAAGACAAAUUGUUCUCUCUUCAUCAUAGUGUUUGUUAUGCUUCACAUAUGAUUGCUAUGAAUUCAUUUGGUGCUGUUUCGUCCAUAUAUGUGGCAUUUAAUGCUUAGGAUUACGGCUUUAAUUUUUCUCUGUUUUCUAUUAUUUAUGUAAGAGCUGCAGAAUUGAUUUGAUUAACAUCGUGAGAUGGGUUGAGAGGCAUGCUCAUGAAAUUAUUUCCCCUUUAAAAGCUUCCUUGUGGUUAUUGUUUUGUUCUUGAGGUCUUUGCCUAAAAGCUUAGAAAAUGUCUUUUUCACCAGUAUUUGUUAUGGUGUUUAGGGGCUAAUGCUCCCAUAGUUGGCAUUCAAUGCCCAAGAUUUGCACACAAAAAAAACCUAGUUCUACAUGUUUAAGCUUAGCAAAUGUUGUAAGUGGUUAUGUUUCACAUAAUGAAUUCUAUAGUUUUUGUGACUAAUCUUAAGUCAAAAUGUAGCAUUUUAUAAAAGUAUUAUUCAGAAGGCUUUCUUUUACAAUUUGUCAUAGUUUCAACUUAAUAAUUAGGGUCUAUAAUAAAAAAAAAUAAGCGUAUUGUAGUUAAGUGUUCUGUUAACACUAAAUCAUUGAAAGCAAAGAGUAUUCUCAUGACCAAAACCAAAAAAAUCCACAAAUCACAUGUAAAAUUGUCUUUUAUGUCUGAUUCUAUCCCUUGAUUUACUUCCCUUAAAUUCUAUGCACAGUUAUGUUUCAUCUUUUUUUUCCCACUCAGUUCAUUACACCAUAAUUAAUACUACUUCUAUAGGUGGGACCAAAGGCAACUGUCCUAAAGGACUUUUUUUUCUUCUCUGGAUUUGCCAGUGGCUGUUCUGUGUUCAAGUUUUAUCACCAAAUGAUGUCCCCUUCCGACACACACAACAGUCAAAAGCUUAGGUUUUGCUGGUCUAAGAAAGAGAGAAAUAUAAAAAUAAUUAAAACUGCCACAUUUUUGUUUGUUUAUUUUGUAUUUCAGUUACAGUUGAAUUAAAACUGGCUGUCAUUUGUAAUUAAUGUUUUAGGUUUGUCUGUACACAA